AACAGCAUGGUGUAGGGACGAGGGAGGGACCUUCGAUGUUUUGCGGGUUGUCAACGUUAUAGAAAUUACACUUUUUGCACAUUUACUCAGAUAAUCUACUCAGAACAACAGACAAGGGUAUCGGCCGUAAGCUCAGCUCUGGAUCUGGAUCUGCCAUGGAGCCUGUCAUGCAUCAGGUUUGGCCGAGACUCUUCCAGAGGUUCCACAGGACCCUUAUUCUUCCAAAGAGAAACCAUUCAGGCUGUGCUGAGCCCUCCGCCGCUCCUGCCUCCACUCACUCUAGACGCAUCAGAUCCACACUCCUGGUGUCACGUCUCUACCAGCCGUCAAACCUGCGUGAUGUGGGCCAGGACAGCCGGCUGCAAGGAGAGAUGACUUGUAAGAGCCAGAGGCUGAUGCAGCAGGCUGGGCUCAUCCAUCCAUCCAACCCAGGGUGUUACUACUACCUUCCCUCCACUGUCCGCUCCAUGGAGAAGCUGGUGAGAGUGAUUGACCAAGAGAUGCAGGUUAUUGGUGGACAGAAGAUAGACAUGCCCAGUUUGUGCUCGGCUGAACUCUGGAAAACAAGUGAUCGCUGGGACUUGAUGGGAAAGGAGCUGCUCCGUCUGAAAGACCGUCAUGGAGUCGACUACUGUUUGGGUCCCACACACGAGGAGGCAGUGACGACUUUGGUUGCUCACCAGGCGACUCUCUCCUACAGACAGCUCCCUUUGCUUCUUUACCAGAUUACCCGCAAAUUCAGGGAUGAGCCGAAGCCAAAGUUUGGUCUUCUUCGAGGGAGGGAGUUCUACAUGAAGGACAUGUACUCAUUUGAUGUGAGCGAAGAGGCAGCUUACCAAACCUAUGAAUCUGUGUGCCAAGCAUACACUCGGCUCUUUGCACGUCUCGGCCUACGUUGUGUUCAGGUGCAGGCAGAUACAGGAAACAUCGGCGGUAAACUCUCGCAUGAAUUCCAGCUGCCGGCAGACAUCGGUGAAGACCGGCUUCUGGUCUGUGGGAACUGCUCCUUCUCGGCUAAUGUAGAGACCAUGUCCUCAGACAGGACUGACUGCCCACAGUGUAAAACUGGCACACUGGUAGAGUCAAAGGGUAUAGAGGUUGGCCACACCUUUUACCUGGGGAAAAAGUACUCUCAAGUAUUCAAUGCCACCUUCAGCAAUUCCCAGAACAAGCCUAGUAUCGCUGAAAUGGGCUGCUAUGGUCUUGGAGUGACCCGUAUUCUUGCUGCUGCCAUUGAGGUGAUGUCAACAGAGGAGGGGAUCCGCUGGCCAGGGCUUCUCGCCCCUUACCAGGUUUGUGUUUUACCUCCAAAGAAGGGCAGUAAAGUGGAUGAGGUGGCGGACUUAGCUGACGACCUGAUUCACACUUUGGAAGAUGCUCUACCGUGUUUGAGAGGUGAAGUGGUUCUCGAUGACCGUACACAGAUGACUGUUGGAAAGAGACUGAAGGACGCCAGCAGACUGGGCUACCCGUACGUUAUUGUAGUAGGGCAGGGCGCUUUAGAGGAAACACCCAAGUUUGAGGUGAUCUGUCAGCAGACAGGUGAGACCAUGUUUCUCAGUAAAGAUGGACUGCUAGAUCUACUGGGGAGAGUGGAAACUGUAUGAACCACAACUCUGAAUGUGGAAAUAACUUUUUCUCUUUUAUGCUUGUGUGUACUGUGUAGAAAGCAAAAUAUGUGUGAUGCUGUCAGUGAGGUGGUGGGAGAAGAAGAUAAAAGCCUUGUAUGUAUUGCAAAUUUUGUGUUAUAUCAGUAUGGGAACAGGAUGGGUUUUUUUUCUGAUAUAUAUAUAUACACACACACACACACACACACACAUACAUAUACAUAUAUACACAUAAAUAAAUAAAGAAAUUUGGUUACCAUUAUAUAAGAAUGUCCUAACCCUAAAUACAACCAUGUAAUGAAAGUCAUUGAAAAAAAGAAAAUA